AUGACCAAGGCCACCACGGUCGUGUCCCACUGCCCUGGUCCAUGUCCUGUGUCCCCACAGCAGGGCUGGAUCCAGCAGGACUCGGUGGCCGUGUCCCUCUGCCCCAUCCAGGGCAGGAAUGUGCUCCAGCCCACCCGUGGGGCUGCUGAGGGCCGAGCUGUGCUGCAGGAGGACCCUCGGUGGGCACACACGGGUGGGCACCCAGGGGUCCAGGCUCACCGCCUUUACCCACCCCGCGGUGCAGGGAGCAGCCUGGAGCCCGAGGAGCGCAGCAUGGAGCCGCCGGCCGUGCCGGAGGAGGAGGAGGAGGAGGAAGAGGGGGCGGUGCCCCUCUCCGUGGCGCCCGGCCCCGUGGGUUGCCAGCUCUUUGGAUACGUGGGAAUCGAAGCUGUGCUCGACCAGAUGAAAAUCAAAACCAUGAAGACAGGCUUUGAGUUCAACAUCAUGGUCGUGGGGCAGAGCGGGCUGGGGAAGUCCACGAUGGUGAACACUCUCUUCAAGUCCAAGGUGAGCCGCAAAUCCUCACAGCCCGGCCAGGAGGAGCGUAUUCCCAAAACAGUGCAACUCCAGUCCAUCACCCAUGUCAUCGAGGAAAAGGGGGUGAAGAUGAAGCUGACGGUGACGGACACGCCAGGGUUCGGGGACCAGAUCAACAAUGAGAACUGUUGGGACCCCAUCAUCAAAUACAUCAACGAGCAGUACGAGAGAUACCUGCGGGAGGAGAUCCUCAUCACCCGCAAGAGGAAGAUCCCGGACACUCGGGUCCAUGGAUGCGUUUACUUUGUCCCCCCCACAGGUCACUGGCUGCGCCCGCUGGACCUGGAGUUCAUGCGGCGGCUCAGCAAGAUCGUCAACGUGGUGCCGGUGAUCGCCAAAGCUGACACGCUCACCCUGGAGGAACGGGCAGAAUUCAAACAGCGGAUCCAGGAGGACCUGAAGACCCACGCCAUCAGCGUGUACCCGCAGGAGGAUUUCGAUCAGGACCCCGAGGACAGAGCGCUGAACAACAGGAUUCGUGAGAAGAUUCCCUUUGCCGUGGUGGGGGCGGACCAGGAGCACCAGGUGAACGGUAAACGGGUGCUGGGCCGCAAGACCAAGUGGGGCAUCAUCGAAGUGGAGAACCCAGCGCACUGCGAGUUCCCCCUCCUGCGGGACCUGCUGAUCCGGUCACACCUGCAGGACCUGAAGGACAUCACCCACAACGUUCACUACGAGAGUUACCGCGUGCGGCGGCUGAACGAGAGCAACCGGCCGGGGCUGAGCCCCCUCAAUGGGCUGCCCGGCAAGGGCGAGGCCAGCAGCCACCUCUGAGCCACCUCGUGCCCCCAGAUCACCACUGGAGCCCAUGGCAGUGCCCACCCCUGCCCACCAUGGCUGUGCCAGGAACCUGCCUGGGGUGAAGAGCCCCCCCAGGAGUGCCCAGCUGCCCUGACAUGGGUCCCUCAUCCCCGAGCUCUGCCAUGGGCACAGCCCCCGGACCCUGUGUGACAUUAAAGGUUAAUCCAGAGCCCUCAGCCUUCA